CUGCAGUUCCCAAUAUCUCUGAUACUACUCCAGCAUCGGCAGUUCUUACCAUCUCUGGGGUCUAACCAGGGUUUUGUAUAGCUGCCGUAUUACUUCUGGAUAUAAUGACCGAGCACGAUUUCAUAAGGCAGCACCAUAAAUUUGCUUAAUCCUGCUGAAUUAUCCACCCGGACUGUUCUUCCCCCCAGCCAACGGUCACAACGUCAUCGGCGGCAUCCCCCGGCUUUCCAGAAACUCACUGCUCCGUCUCCAAGGAAGGGGCCGCUCUCCAAUCGCGGCCUGGUUUGAUAAGCACGCGGCAGCCCUGUGGUCGCUAUGGGGGGACAGCAGCCAGUCAGAUGCCGGCUUGCUGCACAGUGCCGCCGAGGACAGCGGGUCUUGACAGCAGUUUGUGGGUGGGGCGAGGUGUUUUGGAGGGGGUCAAGGGGAACCCGUUUGAAGAGUUUCGGUCACCGCCAAGCGAUCGUACAGAGCGACCGAUUUUAACACAUGGCGGAUCGACGGUCCACGGGACCAGCACUAGGAUCGGGGUCGCGGCCUCUCGUUUUGGUGCACAGGAAACUGAUAUAGCACAUUCAUGGUUGAAUUCUGGUGCCUUCACAAUUGAGAAAAUGUCACAGGCAUCUGGAGGUUUUCUGCUUCCUUUGGGCCCUUUGAUGGGACAAAAAAGGGUUUCUCCAGCAGAAACCGAAAGUUUCACCAAAUCGAGUAAGGAAAAAUCAUUUCCAAAGACUCGUGAAUUGGCAGUGACUUCCUCAGCUGAAGAUAAAAACCCUGCAGUCAAAGAGAGCAAUGGCUUACAGACAUCAUUAACCUCUCCAGAAUCCAAGCCAUCAAAGGAAUCUAUAACAACGAAGGAAUUUAUGCAGAGUGAAAAGGCUGAUUACUUAACUGGAUCGGGACCAACGAACAGUUUUGCAAAAUCUCUGCAACAUGCUGAAACUCUGUUGUGGAAUCGGUUUCAACCUGGGUGGAAAUGGCUAAUGGCUAAGCACCAAGCAGAGGACAGUUGUUCAGAUACUGAUAGUGAUGAUUCAUUGCUAACUCGCGAACUGGAUAACAGAUUUACUUCAGGGAAACUGGCUGAGGCGGAGAGGAUUGCCUUUGAUUUGGGUAAAUGUUGCCAGCUGCAACGGUGUCUCAAAGGUGGUUUAUUUCAUGGCCAUGUAAAAUCAUUGCCAUCAGAUAUUCUGAACACCACUGAUUUCCAUUAUCAUCGGACGAUAUCAAGCUUAGCAAACAAUUAUGCAAAGCUGCACAUACUGUUGGAACGUAGAUCUUGCAUUCUUCUUAACAAAGAAUAUGCCAUAAGUGUGAGUAGUGCAUCUAAAUUUGUAAGAAAAUUGAUGGAAUUGCUGACUCAAGAUCAAGAAACAUCCAAAAAAGUAGGUCUGAGCAAGGACCAUUCAAGUGCCGUUUCUGUUAAGAGACUUGGACAUCUGUGUGAAGAACUGAGAUACCAUACAAGCCACUGGAAUUGCCUUAGUGAGAAAAUUAAGAAUGAUCCUUGGUUAAAUUAUCAGCUGAUACAUAUGAAGGAAACCUUUAACCAUAUGAAGCAGGCUUUGACACUAUUGGGUAUGGAUGCUCUUUUUCUCAUGGAGCAAUAUAUUUCCACAGUGCUUUGCACCCUGGCAAAUGCUGACCCUUAUAUCCUUCCAUCAGAAUGGCUUUGGGAAUUUUUUCGUGGUCUGGAAAUAUUCAACAGCAUUGUAGCAGAUUCUAGUAUGCGUCAGUUAUACCUUGAAAUGAAGAAUAGUAUUGAAGAAAUUAACGUGAAUGAAACUGAUUUACAGUCUCAAAGAUUGAAAGUAAUGUUAUGCUGCAAGAGUUGGAACUGGAAAGUCGAACCAUUCCUGAUAGAAAGGGUAUUGCGUAUUUUGGCUAAUGAAAGAGGAAGAAUAGCAGCUCAAUGUUUCUAUGGAGUUAUUAUGACUAAUGCAACAUUUCUUUCAACUUUGAAUAAUAAUAACCUCGCAGGUCUAAAUUGGGAAAAUAUGAAACUAUCUUUUAUUCAGAGUUUUACAGGUAAUCAUAAUGUAUUUUGUAGCGAAGAGAAAGGAAUUCACCUGUGUCGAGAGGAUAAACAACAGGAAUUGGAGCCUUGUAACUGUAAGAGUGCCAUUCAAGAAUUCUGCCUAGAGGAUGAAGUGCUUCUUAACCGUAUCGUUGAUGGUCUUGCUACUUCCAAUGUGUUAUGGCAGCAUGUUCUAAACAGACCCAAGCCUGAAAUACCACAGGAAGCUAAAGCUGAAGAUCUGCAAUUCCAACACACCACCUUCUCAGCAGAAGAAAAAUUUCAAAGUUUAAAAGACAGGCAAAAUGAUGAAACAGGUCAACAUCCUUCAAUUCCCCCAGUCAGGAGAAAAUCUGUGCACUGGCAAGACUCUUCGCAUUGCGAAGGAAAAGUUGUACUACUUUCUAAAUACCAGGUCAUGAUGUGGAAAGCUUUUGCAACUCAUCUGAGUGAUAGUUUCUAUUUUCAACCUGGGCUUUCUUCUGAAGCCUGUAAAUAUAGUGUUGGAAAGCUGGAUCAGUGCAAAGCCCAAAUUACUGCACUGCUUAUUCAAACACUGCAUGAAGCAUGUUAUAAAGGGUUACUGCCAAGGGAUUCUGAGCCAUUUGUACAGGAACUUUGCCUCUACAUGUUGUCAAGGAUUGCCCUCAUUCACUGGGAUCAAGUUUUCUGCAGUGCUUUGGGAUCAGCAUUGAAUGAUAAGUGUUUUCCUGAUCCUGAGAGGAAGGGAGAUACAGUCAGAAGCAAGACAGCUGGGCUUUUCCUGAAGCUUUUUCACCCUCUCUGUGAGUUACUGACCUGGUUGAACGUCGAGCAAGCUCAAAAUCACGGUGCCACUACUGGAGUAGUUCGAAAAUUGGUAGUACCAUCAAUCUUGGUGCGGACAGUGAGUCAUUGUAUCACAACGGUGCAAACUUCAUCCCAUUGGCUAAUGAUGAAGGGAUUCCAAUUUCUUUCUUCUUGGUCCAUGAAUCAGUUUCUUCUAGUAAUUCAAGCAGAUCUAAAACUUCUCAGGGUUAUGGCAUCAAAGAUGUUGCAACUUGCAGAAACCUUGUGCUUUGAGGAAAUAAAUAGCUAUGAAAUCCAAGAGACUUUACCGUUGGUUCAAGUAUCUGCAUUAUUGAAAGAACUUGCCAAUGUUGCAGCGAUCUUCAACACAUUCCCAAUAAAGGUACUGACUCUUUUUUCAACCAGCUGUAAAAGAAUGGCUAUUGAUUUAUUUGAACAGACGAUGCCUGUGGGAAGGCAGUGGAGGGUAAAUUUUCGAUCAGUUGAACUCCCCAGUAAACCCAAUGAAUAUGCAAUGGCUGCAACACAGACUGUGAUUGGUCAGGUUCUGAAGGGAAUUCAACCACUUCCAGAAGAUGAUCAAACUGUUCCAUUAACAGAAGCUCUGACUGCUUUCAUGGAAGCCUGGAUGGAUCAUAUACUGAAACAAAAGAUAAAAUUUAGCAUUCAGGGUGCUCUGCAACUCAAACAGGAUUUUGACCUAGUCAGAGACAUAAUCUGUUCAGAUGAACAACUUUCAUCAGAACUCAGGCAGGCUGUUCUUUCUCUCCGUGUCUUCCAUCAAGUGGACAAUGCCAUUAUCUGCCUCCUUCAGCAACCAACCAGGAAGGCCUAUUUUCCAACAAACACCUGUGAGCCGUUCAGAACAUGCUGCUCUUCUUCAACCAGGACAGUUGAUUUCAGUCAUGGGAGCCUGAACAGUCUUGACAGCCUGGAUUUGCGGACUGAAAGAAUUCGAGCAGACUUUCAGCCCGAAGCAUCCACGGGUUCUGAUGUGCUGAAUAAGAUUAAAGCAACCGGGCACCCAGAGUCUUAUUUAGCCAUGAAUCAGCAGGAGUGGCUCGCCCUUCGAAUGGACAGCAACAGGCGUCGGAAUGUUUUCCGCUUGCCUUGUAUAAAUACAACUGCAGAACAGUGACCUGUCAGUGCUGUUCUGGUUUAUUAUUUUGGAUAGUUGAUUCACAGAAAUGUAUUUACGACACAGCACUUUAAGGUAUUUUUGAAAUUAUUUUGAAGUUAAAUAAAUGUGUUGCUAUUUCAUGGUCUUGAGCAACCCAGACUUCUGUAUGGUCAGUAAUUUAGCCAAAUUCACAAGAUAGUCUUGAGCAGUCUUGUCAUUCUGCAACAUUGGCACUACAGUAGCUCCUGAUCAACCCAAAUAAAACUCCUUUCAUGAAAUGCCUUUCAUAUAACUUUGCAAGGUAAAGCUGUGGAUAUUAUUUUUUGACCAUUUGUGCUACUGUUGAUUUUAUGUUGUCUUGUCUUUGAGGGAGUUCAGAAUGCUAUUUUGAAAGCCAGUACUUUUUGACUCAAAUGUACAGCAUAAUAAUUUAUCAUACUUUUAAAUAUAAAGAAUGCUGAACCAUAAUGGGCCAUUAUUCCUAAAGUUCUAAUCUUUGGGUGUUUUAUACUGCCUCCAAAACUGUUUAUAAUAUUGAAACUUGGAAGUUGCUUAGUUGUAUAAGUCAGGCAAAAGAAACUAUAAUGUGUGCCUGCAGUCUUUAAUUAUCUUUCCUAGAGAAGAUUUUGUAUUCA